ACCCAUCAUCACCCUGCAGGAGGAGAGGAUGCGGGGCCAGCGGGCAACCUGUACCAUCUCAGGACCAUAGGACAUCAGCAGCCGGGGAUCCAAGCGAUUGGAUUUCAAGAAGGUUAAAAUGAAUGAAGAUACGAAGGUUAAUAUAAGCUGGCCGCCUCAGGAUCCUAUAGAUGCCAGUUCUCCAGAGAAUAUCUCAGCGGCAGACUCCUCCUUGAUUCCUGUGCUAGAGCCAGAGCUAAUAGUGAACCCAUGGGAUAUUGUUCUCUGCACAUCGGGAACCUUAAUCUCCUGUGAAAAUGCUAUCGUGGUCCUUAUCAUCUUCCAUAAUCCAAGCCUCCGAGCCCCAAUGUUCCUUCUCAUUGGGAGUUUGGCCCUGGCGGACCUCUUAGCAGGUGUGGGACUAAUAGUCAAUUUUAUUUUUGCAUAUCUUCUUCAGUCAGAAGCAGCGAAGCUGGUCACAGUGGGACUGAUAGCCGCUUCUUUUUGUGCCUCGGUGGGCAGCUUGCUGGCCAUCACGGUUGACCGUUACCUAUCUCUCUAUUACGCGUUGACGUAUAAUUCGGAAAGGACAGUCACCUUCACCUAUGUCAUGCUCAUUUUCCUGUGGGGAGCAUCUACGUGUGUUGGUCUGCUGCCUAUCAUGGGCUGGAACUGCCUUAAGGAUGAAUCCACCUGUAGCGUCAUCAGGCCGCUCACUAAAAAUAAUGCCGCCGUCCUCUCGGUAUCCUUCUUGCUUAUGUUUGCACUUAUGCUCCAGUUGUACAUUCAGAUCUGCAAAAUAGUCAUGAGGCACGCUCAUCAGAUCGCCUUACAGCACCAUUUCCUGGCUACUUCUCACUACGUCACCACCCGCAAAGGAAUAUCAACCUUGGCCAUCAUAUUGGGGACAUUUGCGGCCUGCUGGAUGCCUUUCACUCUGUAUUCAUUGAUAGCAGAUUAUACCUACCCUUCCAUCUACACCUACGCCACGCUAUUGCCAGCUACAUACAACUCUGUUAUCAACCCUGUCAUCUACGCGUUCCGGAACCAGGAAAUCCAGAAAGCCUUGUGGUUGAUCUGCUGUGGCUGUAUCCCACCUAGUGUGUCUCAACGAGCCAGGUCGCCCAGUGACGUAUGA